GUUCGCAUAGAAGGCGACAAUUACCCCCCGCCCCGUCCCCGUCAAAUGCUGGCCAGUGUUAUCAGUGUAGUGAAGUUAGCAGUUAUGGCUGUCGUUCUCCUUGGUGAGCGGUUACAGAUUUGGGAAAACCUUAAUAUUAACCCCCCUCAAGCUUACAUUUGGGCCACACAAAAUAAGAUGUACGCCUGUAUUCUUAUAUUUUUUGUUACAAACAUGGUUGAAGGACAGCUAAUAUCCACAGGAGCUUUCGAAGUUUCACUUAAUGACAUGCCAAUUUGGUCUAAACUAGAAUCUGGUCGCCUUCCAAACCCAAAUGAGCUUCAUCAGAUCAUUGAAAAUCAGCUCAAGUUUAGUCCUGGACAUUAAGUAGGUAUUUUUUAACCAUGACUGAUAGCCUACAAAACCUGUAAAUGAAGGGGAGUCAGGGAAGUGAGUUCAAUGUACUGAAAGGUAGAAGUCGAAAGUAG